AUGGUUCUCGUUGGCAUCGUAUUCCUGACAAUUCUUCUUACGAAUGCUGAGAAUUGGCCGUGGGCAACUGCUGGUGAUGAACUGACGUUUCAAUUUCGUUCUGUCAACGGGCUUUAUGUCGGGGCAGGUGUUUACCUAUCUGGUGUCCCGAUUGGCAAAGUAACGGCUAUUGAGCUCCGUCCUGAUACUGAUAAUGUGCACAUCAAGGCGAAAGUCAAAAACGCAUUUGAGUGGUUGAGGGAGGACUGUGGUGCCAGAAUUUCCAUGAACGGGUUUGUCGGUGAAAUUUAUAUCGCUCUUGACAAUGGACCCAUUGGGAACUCGACCUUAAAACCAGCGAACUUGCCGAUUGUUGGAAAAGACCCUGUGAAUGCCUUGGAACUCCUUGAGCAGACGAGUGCUGGUAUGACACAGGCUAUUGAACUCACAACGGCUGCUAAUGCAGUGCUACAAGCGAACCAAGAAGCCAUUCAGCUCGCCAUCAAAGAGAUUCGGGAGGUCGUCGCACUCACUGGAAAAACUAUUGAGAAGUUGAGCGUUGACUCUAAAGAUACGGUGCAAACUUUGACGCAACUCGCCUUAGAAAACGAUAGGCGGUUUCAGGGGACCCUCGUAAAGGUAAAUAACCUUAUAGCACAGUUAGAAGGCGAUUCCCUGAUGGUGAGCAGUCAAAUAAGUGACAUUACACGUGAACUCUUGAGGCUCCUGAAUCAGAAUUCACCGAAACUCAACACUAUUUUUACCGAUGUUCGCGCGACAACAUCAGAAUUUCGACAGAUAACACAAGAUUUUCGCUCAGAUUUCGACACGUUAGCGGCACAGGUUUCUGCCCUUGUUUCGCAAGGUAGUAAUGCUAUUGAAACAGGAGAAGCCAACAUCGCACCUAUCUUAGAGAACCUAAAGGCGACGACUGCUUCGGUCGCUGCUCUGGAGACGAGCGUCAGUCGUUUUCUUACCACGCUUAACGAGGGUGAGGGUACUGUCGCGCAAUUGCUGAACACACCCGAGCCGCUUAAAGAUGUCCGGCGAACCUUGCAAAAUGUCGACGAAAUGAUGAGUGCGGUAACGGAACUCUCUGAAAAAACUGAGAAGCAGUUGGAGCAAUUUGAUUUACCGCAGUUUGGUUGGGAUUAUGAGCUCCGCUAUCUGAGUCUCGAAGAGCGACUUUACAAUGAACUGGCGUUUUCACUUUCUCGCAGCCCCGACGCACACUAUAGGUUCGGGGUAGGUGUUCGAGAUGAGAAGGUUCGCUUUGAGUUUCAGUAUGCACACGAUGUAACAGAUUUUCUCCGUGCGCGUGCCGGGUUUAUGCGUUCCAAAGUGGGAGCAGGCUUGGAUUUGUGGUUGUGGUCCCGACGUUUCGGCAUCAGCGUUGAAGGGGUAGGACUGACGAGCAGAGAACCAGAGUUGAACGCGGAAGUAGCGUUGCGGUUUUUCCGAUAUGGACAAUUUCUGCUGGGUGCAGAGAAUUUGACCGGUGAGCAGCGUUGGACAACAGGGUUUCGCUUUUUUGGUGGUGAGUGGUAA